UCCUCCAUCGCAGUCACCCCAGCAUCCUGGCUGACCAAGACCAUGUUUCCCUUCAAGGUGAGCAAGUGGGCGGAGCCUGCCUGCUUCCACUCACUGGUGGUCUCCUCACCCAGCAUUCGCCAGAAGAAACUAAUCCACAAGCUGCAGGAAGAAAAGGUGUUUCGGGAAGAGAUAAGACACUUCCGUGAGAAGAUAGAAGGCUUCAAGGAAGAGAUGCGGAAUUUCCGUGGCAAGAUCUGCGCUUUCAGGGGCCAGAUCUUGGGCAUUUGGGAAGAGGAGAGACCUUUCUGGGAAGAGGAGAAAACCUUCUGGAAAGAGGAAAAAGCCUUCUGGGAAAUGGAGAAAUCUUUCUGGGAAGAAGAGAAAGCCUUUUGGAAAAAGUACCGAAUCUUCUGGAAGGAAGAUAAGGCCUUCUGGAAGGAGGACAAUGCCUUGUGGGAAAGAGACAGGAACCUCCUUCAGGAGGACAAGGCCCUGUGGGGGGUAGAAAAGGCCCUGUGGGAGGAGGAAAGCACCCUUCUGGAGGAGGAGAAGGCCCUCUGGUGGAAGGGGGUGCUCAGGCUGUGGAGAAGCAGAGGCUGGCAGGGGGGCAUUGCAACGUCAUGAGCACAGGAGACGAAGGGCUGGGGGGUCCACACUGCUGGAUUGGGAUUCGAGUCCAGGGUGACCCCAUGUGCUGAAGAAAAUAUGCUCUUAUUUGUCUCCUGGCUUCAAAAGAUCUAAUAAAGUUCUGAGGAGAGGUCUGGAAAACCAACUUCUGUAAGGAGCCCAGCUGCAUUUUUUCAGGUUUUGUGAUUCUCAGAGGUCGUACUCCCGUCCUCCAGGCUGCACUGCUGUCCACAGAGCUUGGUUCCGUGAGCAGCUCCCCGUGAGCGCGGCAUGUGUGGGUGGGUGUAAGUGGAGACCCUGGACUCUCCUGAAAAGAGUCAGAACGGGGAUGGGGGCGAGGGCAAUGCCAGCAAGAGACACGUAGGGACCGGGGGCGGAAAUAUCUCUGCCUCUGCGGAGCUGUGGGGCAGUCAUUUCUCCUCCACUCUGGGCAGUCUUGGAGGCUGGGAGCGGGCUGACAGCUUCCCAGAAAAGGCUGCAGUGCUGUUAACAAUUCAUCUGUGGGUUCCUCACCUGGCAGGCCAUUUAGAACACAGAGGCAGCAUUCCCCCCCAACUCACUCACUCACGGAUCCAGGUUUGCACCAAACUUCUCAACUGCCCAUUCUCCGUAGCGUGAGAAAGGGGCGUGCCAUUAGGCUAAGGCUCUAGAGCUCCGCCCACAAGAGCACUGCCCUUCCCUGAUGGAGUCCUGUGGACCAGGCAGGGCCAUCUGGGAGGUGUCAGGGAGACCUCCCUGCCCCGAUACUCCCAUUCACGCAGGUCUCACAUACCUGUAUUUCUGCAUUAUCAAUUCCCUCCUUUGUGUUUCCCUCAUUCCAUUCACUUAAAAUUAAAAUGCCCCAGGGAGGUAGUACAUUAAAUGAAUGUACACUAAUGUGGUCAGCAAUUUACAUGCCUAACUUCUCCUCUGGGCUUAGACCAUCCAUAUGGGCAUUGGUAUGGAAGGGACCAGAAUGUGGGCAGAAGAAAUGUAAAGGCCAACACCGCCUGCUUCCCCUUUGCUUGGGCCUGGCCCUCACUGUCAUUCACGUAGCAACCUACCUUGCCUUUGUGCAUCCCUUACUAUUUGAUAAGCACGUUCACAUCUGCCAACUCAUGUAAGCUUCACCACAACUCUGUGGGUUGACAGGGAAGGUACAUAAACCCAUUGUACAGGUGAGGAAACAGAGACCUGGAAAAGCAGAGGGACUGCACAUGGCCAGGCAAGUAGCAAAUGGAAGGUCCAGGACUAGAGCUCACAUCGUCUGCCCGUUGGUCCCACUCCUCUUCUAACACAGCCGGGUCCUGGGAUGUGGCUUUAGAGUAGCUCAGCCAAUGGCGGCAUCAGGGCUGCAGGAGCCUAAAGCGCUUGGGGAUUUCACUGUGGUUUGGGGUGGUGGUCGACAAACAGGGAAAGGAGGGGACAGGGUCCGCCUCGGUGUGCCGAGCAGACGUCCGGGUGCAGGAGAGUGGGCCAACUCCAAGAGCCGUCUCCAUGGCUCCGUGCCACUCUGAGAAAGCUGGUGUUCCGUGCAAGGCCUCUGACCCUCAGGAGUCACGGCCAGGGCGCUGGGAGCCGCUUUCUCCUUUGCCACAAACCGAGUUUUGCAUCCUCAGCUCCCAGCAGGCCCCUGGGCAAAGACGUCAGAAGCGGAGGGAAUAAGAUGCUGGUGUAGAGAAUCAGAUUUCAAGGGGAGACAGCUAGGGGCCCUCAUGCAAGGAGACCUGUCCAGUGGCUGGUGUGCAGGAUGGUGGGAACCCCAGUGCAGCAAGAGCUGCAGAUU